UCCUUAUUCAUUUUUUCCCAUUUAAGGGCUUUAUGUGUGGAUUUUAGCCUGUUCUCACUUCUAAACAGCAAGCUAGCUCCACAACUUGUAGCAUGAAACUCCUAAACUUCUUCUUCUUCAUCUUCUUCCUCUGCUUCCAAGUAGAAUCUGGAGUUUCUGUUACACCUACGCCACUAGCACACCCAUUUGACCCUCUAACAAAAGAGGAGAUCACUCUCGUCCAAACCAUAGUCCUCAACAAAUAUCCCAAGGCCAACUUCCACUAUGUUGGCCUAGAUGACCCUGAAAAACCCACAGUCCUCAAAUGGCUAUCUUCUGGCGUCCAAACCUCGCGAAACGCCUUCGUCAUCGCCAUUGUCAACAACAACCAAAUCCACGAGAUGUUAAUAAACCUUACAUCCUCCACCAUUCUCUCUGACAAACUCCGCAUUGGAAACGGCUUCCCAACCCUGACCCUCGAUGAAGAAGGCAAGGCCGGGAAACUGCCCCUGAACUACGAUCCGUUUAUUGAGUCAGUGAAGAAGAGGGGUUUGAACAUUUCUGAAGUGGUGUGUUUUGGUUUAACAGCUGGGUGGUACGGCGAAGAGAAGAACCAGAGGGUGCUGAGGCUGGAGUGUUUCAUGAAGAAUGGCACAGCUAAUAUAUUUGUGAGGCCUAUUCAUGGAAUAGUAAUGGUGGCUGAUAUUGAUCACAUGAAGAUUAUUGAGUACCAUGAUAGGUCUAUUCAACCUGUCCCCAAGGCAGAUAAUACAGAAUUCAGAGCUUCACACAUGCGACCACCAUUUGGUCCAAAGCUUCAUGCCUAUGGUUCCUAUCAACCGGAGGGACCAGGGUUUACAAUCAGUGGCCACACUCUCAGGUGGGCCAACUGGAAGCUCCAUGUGGGGUAUGAUAUGCGAGCUGGGGUGAUAAUUUCAACUGCGUCAAUUUAUGACCCUGAGGUUCACAAAUUUCGUCAAGUGUUGUAUAGGGGAUACAUUUCUGAGCUGUUUGUGCCAUAUCAAGAUCCCAGUGAGGAGUGGUAUUAUAAGACUUUCUUUGAUGCUGGUGAGUUUGGGUUUGGUCAGUCCAUGGUUUCUUUGGAGCCAUUGCAUGAUUGUCCACCACAUGCUCAGUUCCUAGAUGUAUACUAUGCGGGGAGAGAUGGUAGUCCACAACACUUGGAGAAUGCAUUUUGUGUCUUUGAACAAUAUGGUGGUAUCAGUUGGCGUCAUACAGAAACAGGGAUCCCCAAUGAAGAAAUACGAGAAGUAAGAUCUGAUGUGAGUCUAGUGGUUAGAUCAGUGGUUACUGUUGGCAACUAUGAUAAUGUAAUGGAUUGGGAAUUCAAGCCAAGUGGUUCAAUUAAGCCUGCGAUAUCAUUAUCAGGCAUGUUGGAAAUUAAGGCAGUGGAUAUUAAGCACAAAGACCAGAUAAAUGAGGAUCAGCAUGGCACUUUGGUGUCAGAACAGAGCAUUGCAAUUUACCAUGACCAUUUUUACAUAUACCAUCUUGAUCUUGAUGUUGAUGGUGUGGACAAUUCAUUUGUCAAGACCAAUUUGAAGACUGUGAAAGUCACAGACAACAGUUCCAAGAGAAAGAGUUAUUGGACAAUUGAUACUCAAAAUGUUAAGACUGAAUCUGAUGCAAAGAUUAAGCUUGGGUUGAGCCCUUCAGAGCUAGCAGUGGUGAAUCCUAACAAAAAGACUAGCACAGGAAAUGAGGUAGGGUACCGUUUGGUUCCGGGUGCAGCUGUUCACCCCCUUCUUGUUGAGGAUGAUUACCCUCAAACUCGUGGUGCUUUUACCAACUACAAUGUUUGGGUGACUCCAUACAAUAGGACUGAGAAAUGGGCUGGUGGAUUAUAUGUUGAUCAAAGCCGUGGAGAAGAUACAUUAGCUAUUUGGACUAAGCAGAAUAGGAGUAUUGAGAACAAAGAUAUUGUGCUGUGGUACGUAGUCGGAAUCCACCAUGUUCCAUGCCAAGAAGAUUUCCCAAUAAUGCCAUUACUGAGCACUGGAUUUGAGUUGAGGCCAACCAACUUCUUUGAGAGGAAUCCAGUCCUUAAAACCCUUUCUCCUAACCUUGUCAAAUGGCCAACUGGUUGUGGGAAACCCUAAGAUGGACUCAUAUGAGUCAUGCACUCUAUUGAAAAAUAAUAAUAUUGAAUAAAUGGAUUCCUAAAAUUAUUA